UAAUAUUUUAUUGUAUUUUUACAUGAUUAGCUUUUUGUUUUUUCUUGAGACAGAUUCUUGCUCUGUCACCCAGGCUGGAGUGCAGUGGUGCGAUCUUGGCUCACUGCAGCCUCAACCUCCUGGGUUCAAGUGAUGCUCCUACCUCAGCCUCCUGAGUCGUAGCUGGGAUUACAGGCAUGCACCACCAUGCCUGGCUGAUUUCUGUGUUUUUGUAUAGAGAGGGUUUCAUCAUGUUGCCAGGCUGGUCUUGCACUCCUGACCGCAAGUGAUCCACCCACCUUGACCUCUCAAAGUGUUGGGAUUACUUACAUGCAUGAACCACCACACUGGCUUUUACAUGAUUGUAUUUUAAUACACAGUGGGUUAAAGUUUGUGCUGAAAUGUAUCAUUUAUGGCUCUAAUUUGAUAUUACUGAAAGGAGAUGUGUAUCCUUUUACUCCUAACUGAUUUGUCAUAGAAAAUGUGUAUUUCGAGUGGUUAAAAAAAAAAAAAAGCCUCUAGUUUGUACUCUGAAAGAGCUUUGUGUUAAUAUAAAGAACAGUAAUAUACCCUGGGUUAAAAGCUGAAGACAUUUAAUAGAGGCAUGUAUUACAAAUAGCAUCUGGCUACAUCAGAAGGUUAGGGCUUCAUAUCUGAAAUUCUGUUGCUUGUUAGUUGUAGGAAGUGAAUGAAAUACAUUUCUAAAGGGCAAGGUCAGUAUUACAUUAUUCUGGCAAUAUCUUUAUUGAAUAAAUGUGUAAAUAUUUCAGAGAAGUACUUUGAGAUUAUAUUUCUAUUGGGGACAUAUCUGUAGAAUGAAAGAUGCUACUUGUAAUCGCAGGAGCAGAUGUCACGUUACAUGUUGUUCCCAAUGACUGAUUUCAUUUGAAAUGAUCUGGAAAUAAAUGCUGAUUACUGGUGAUAUCAGACUAUUCACCUUGGAGUCAGAUGUCUGACAGGCAGGCUAGAGCUAAUAGAUUUGGUUAUUUUCAAAACAUUGUUUUCUAAAGAAGGAUACUGUUUUAGAGUAGCAUGGUGAAUUCUCUGAGUUGUAUACCUGGGUUCAUUUGCAUUGAGUAUGGAAGAACAUACUUAUGAGCAUGCAGUCUCCGAUGCUUUUCCAUCCUUUAACAAUACAAAAGAAAGAAAACUGUACCUGGGACCUACCUGUAGGAGAGCUUGGCAUUAGUCGUUAGCACAAGGGAAAUCAAGAACCAAAUCUGAAUGAUGGUGUCAGUGUAACUGAGGGGCGUUGCCUCAUUGGGAGAUAGCGUUGCAUCAUAGGAACGUGGUGUGAUUUAAUUUCAUAAUUGUAAACAUUGCAGUGGGUAUGGUUGAUUCAUUUGAAACUCUUGUCCACUUCGCUAUGGCUGGACAGCUGAGUUAACAUGGGUAGGUCUUGGGUUCACCUUUUUAUAAUUUCUUUUCUUUGUAGCUUUAUUUGGGGGAAAAUCUAAAAGAAAAAAACUAUGAGAAUGAAUUUAUCUGAAAUCAAACUUUGAUAAAGCCAUGCCUUGACUGAAGGACAAUGAACUUUAUUGGCCUUCUAAAUCAGAGCGCUGUAUAAAUGUGUGGAAGACUCAAUUUUGCCUUGAAAGGGGGCUGGGGAGGGAGCGUAGGAAUCCUUGUUUUUGCAGUGCUGAUUAUCUACUUGUGUUUUACAUUGUGGCCCAACUCAGGGGCAAGAGCAACUCACUUACAUGGAGAAAAAAAUUGCUAGAAUUAUCCUUGCUUAAUCAUCAUGAACGCAGCAGCUGAUAGCCAGCUAAUAUUUUAAGUUGUGCGUGGCAACAGACCAACAGAAAAGAAAGGAGCAUGAAAUUUCGUGAAGGAACAGCAAUAGGUACGGAAACUUGACUUUUGAGAAUUUUUUUUUUUUUCUGUUAUGAUUGGUGCUCUAGACAUCCUGACCAAAGUUUCAAACAAUGCAGACUCUGGGGAUGUAGCAUGUGAAAUUCAUCUUAAAGAGACUGAUCUGUAAAAUAAUAACUUCAUGAUUUACAGUUCCAUAAGGACAGUAAAAAUCAGCUUCAAAGUUUCGAGGGAAUUAAGUGUUAGUUGCAUAUUAAGAUCUACAAAGCUGACCUUUAGAGAUCUUUAUUUUCUGUCAAAAAUACCACAGCGUUUCAUUUUUAGGAUAUGAAAACGAUAGCUUUUCCUACUUGUAGACGGGUUCUCUGGAGAGGUAUGGAAGAGCCUGGGAAUUUAGCGGCUCAAAUCAGCUGGCAACUGGAGUUCAUUUAGGUGAUUCACGAACAAUUUUCGGCUCUCCUUGCAGGUGUCAGUGGUCUUGGACACCGGGAAGGGGAUGGGGGAACAGGUGUAGACCAGGACCUUGGAGAUUGGUCUAACUGCCAACAUCCAAGGGUUGCCAAGGGUUGCCAAGGGUUGGGUGGGCGGAGUUCCCCCUGCCGAGGCCUUGAGUCUGUCCGGAAAGACGGGAGGAGCUUACUCCACUCCCCGGACGGUCCCCGUAGCUUAGUUCUCCACAGCCCAGGAGGGGCCCGUACCUUCCGAUGAGAGCUGGGGCGCUCUGGGAAAUGAGGGUGGCCGUAGCUUCCCAAACCAAAUCUGUCUCUUCUGUUAACGAUCUGGCGCAUUUAUCGCCCCCGAGGGCUCCGGGAAGUCAGCGGGAGAGUGGCGUCAGGUUGCGCGCCUCUUGCCCCACCGAGUGGGGGGAGAAAGUGGUCAGACGCGCCUUCCGCGGGGCGCUGCGUGCAGAAAAGCGACCGGCGGCCACAGCUCAAAUUGAAAUUAUUCCAUGCAAGAUCUGUGGAGACAAAUCAUCGGGAAUCCAUUACGGCGUCAUUACAUGUGAAGGCUGCAAGGGCUUUUUCAGGAGAAGUCAGCAAAGCAAUGCCACCUACUCCUGUCCUCGUCAGAAGAACUGUUUGAUCGAUCGAACCAGUAGAAACCGCUGCCAGCACUGUCGAUUACAGAAAUGCCUUGCCGUGGGGAUGUCUCGGGAUGCUGUAAAAUUUGGCCGAAUGUCGAAAAAGCAGAGAGACAGCUUGUAUGCAGAAGUGCAGAAACACCGGAUGCAGCAGCAGCAGCGCGACCACCAGCAGCAGCCCGGGGAGGCGGAGCCGCUCACGCCCACCUACAACAUCUCGGCCAACGGGCUGACGGAACUUCACGACGACCUCAGCAACUACAUGGACGGGCACACCCCUGAGGGGAGCAAGGCAGACUCUGCCGUCAGCAGCUUCUACCUGGACAUACAGCCUUCCCCAGACCAGUCAGGUCUUGAUAUCAAUGGAAUCAAACCAGAACCAAUAUGUGACUACACACCAGCAUCAGGCUUCUUCCCCUACUGUUCGUUCACCAAUGGAGAGACUUCCCCAACCGUGUCCAUGGCAGAAUUAGAACACCUUGCACAGAAUAUAUCGAAAUCGCAUCUGGAAACCUGCCAAUACUUGAGAGAAGAGCUCCAGCAGAUAACAUGGCAGACCUUUUUGCAGGAAGAAAUUGAGAACUAUCAAAACAAGCGGGAGGUGAUGUGGCAACUGUGUGCCAUCAAAAUUACAGAAGCUAUACAGUAUGUGGUGGAGUUUGCCAAACGCAUUGAUGGAUUUAUGGAACUGUGUCAAAAUGAUCAAAUUGUGCUUCUAAAAGCAGGUUCUCUAGAGGUGGUGUUUAUCAGAAUGUGCCGUGCCUUUGACUCUCAAAACAACACCGUGUACUUUGAUGGGAAGUAUGCUAGCCCCGAUAUCUUCAAAUCCUUAGGUUGUGAAGACUUUAUUAGCUUUGUGUUUGAAUUUGGAAAGAGUUUAUGUUCUAUGCACCUGACUGAAGAUGAAAUUGCAUUAUUUUCUGCAUUCGUACUGAUGUCAGCAGAUCGCUCAUGGCUGCAAGAAAAGGUAAAAAUUGAAAAACUGCAACAGAAGAUUCAGCUAGCUCUUCAGCACGUGCUACAGAAGAAUCACCGAGAAGACGGAGUACUCACAAAGUUAAUAUGCAAGGUGUCUACAUUAAGAGCCUUAUGUGGACGACAUACAGAAAAGCUAAUGGCAUUUAAAGCAAUAUACCCAGACAUUGUGCGACUUCAUUUUCCUCCAUUAUACAAGGAGUUGUUCACUUCAGAAUUUGAGCCAGCAAUGCAGAUUGAUGGGUAAAUGUAUCACCUAAGCACUUCUAGAAUGUCUGAAGUACAAACAUGAAAAACAAAAAAAAAUUAACCGAGACACUUUAUAUGGCCCUGCACAGACCUGGAGCGCCACACACUGCACAUCUUUUGGUGAUCGGGGUCAGGCAAAGGAGGGAAAACAAUGAACACAAAUAAAAGUUGAACUUGUUUUUCUCAUGCAUAUGAUUUCCAUUAUGCCUACAGAUAUGGACCCUUUUUCUGUCUUGACUUCCUGAUCGUUGACCUCUGUUUACAACAGGAGGGUUCUAAAGUCAGAGGAUUUCCUUUUCUCCUAGCUCACUGCCCACAGACUUUCUACAGAGUCACCAAUCUGUCAGUAACAACAGAAAGUCCAGCAAUAAUCGGUGACUGGUGUGCAUAGCGGAGGUUGCAGCAUUACUUUGCACAACUGGCUCUUUGUUUCAUGAAGGAAGUUUUUAUUUUUUCACCGAUUAUUGCCAGUCUGCAGGAUGGCAUGAAAAGGGUCCAUAGCAGUAGCAACAAUAGCAUUAUAAUAUAUUACAGGGUAAAUGGGCAUGAAGACUAUAUAUAGCUUAAAGAGAUAUUGUUUAUAUAUUGUUUUAAUUAAUAUAAAACGUAGUUACUGGUGUCGCUUUUCCUGUUGAAUCGAUAAGGCACUUUCAUUUUGCACCUUUUUCUUUAAAUUAAAUGCUAGCGUGUUCACUGUCGUGUCGCAUGUGCACCAGAAACACAAGUUUAACUGAGAAGGCUUGGAAGGUAUUUAUGCUGCUGUUUACAAAAUUACUUUUAAAAUACUGGCUGGUCAUAUCUAGAAAUCACCACAUUGGAUUUUUUUUUUUUUUUAACAUGUGAAUUUGGAAUUAGAAACGGAACUCUCCCUAAAUUAUACUUCGCUUUUUGUUAAGUUUAAUGAUAGAUGUGUUUAUGCUUCAUACAAAGUUGAAUGAUUGAUUGGCACUGUGGACAUACACCAUCAAGCUCGUUUUUUUUUAAGCUUUUUAAAAUGCCACCAUGAUCAUGGAGGCGAGGGAGGGAAGCUCAUUUUACACACCUCAGUAGUUAAAUAUGGACUCGGUCUCCACUUGCAACUCGUAGGCUUUGAGUGAGAACAAAUCAAUAACCAGAAUAUUUAUUGGAAUCUAGCUUUUAUAAUAAGAAGGACCCAAAGAUUAUAUCUGGAGCAAACCCACACUCCCCAUGUGAGGACAUGAAGCAUUGACUUUGUGGAUGUUUAUGUUCUUGGUAUAAUCUAGGAACCCUAUGAGUUUAUCUCGCAGUGAACUACUUCCAGACUUGUCAAUAGAUGCUAUAAUUCAAGAAUGUUGCUCUCCAUAUUUGAAAAACGAUGGAUAGGAGGGUGAGGGGAGCAUACAAUGUUGAACCAGUUUCUCUUAUUUAAAUAUUGAACACUUUAAGCCUUUAAAGUGAAGUUGAUACCAGCUGCAAACAUUUACUCUUGUAUUUAUCUUCACUAGGAAACUGUGGACUGUAAUUUAUUUUAUUAAAUAUUUAGAAGAUUAUUUGGCUGGUGUGUUCAGGUGAGAAAUACUGAGUUGUUUGUGUUUGAUUUCAUGGUUUUUUUUUUUUUUUUUUUUUAAUAAUCCCUAGUGGGGGAAGGGGAAAGGAAGAGUCUGAUAAACAGGUAUGCAUAUUUUAAAAACAAGUGACCUUUGAGAAUGUGGGCAUUUAGACGAUGACUUUAGUCACCCUGGGGUGGGAUUCAAACUACGGGUCAAAGACCAUUUUGUACAGAAAAGGGAACGUCUCCCGUGGAUGUUAAGGUAGGAGUUUCCACGCAGUGCUUUCUGCCCGAGAAAUAGUCUCCUCUGCCGCUGGUGUCCCUGCGGAAUUUUCCACAGGAAUUGCAGCUUCUCACAUGGUGCUGGGUUACCAGCGUGGGCUUCCCGGAGCACUCCACUCUGUUUCUAACUCCACUUAUUUUCUGAUUGUUUCCUGGGGGACUUGGAAAACGGGAAGUUUUUAUUCACACAGAUGUGUGUAUGAAGCCUAAAUAACAUCGGACUUUUUUUUUUUCCCCACAAACAUAGUAAGGGUUUAACCAUAAAUAGAAGGCAAGAGUAAUAUUCCUCUAAAUUUCCUACAGGCAUGUAAAGUUGUAUGUGUUUAUAGAGAGAGGCUACUGUCAGCAUAUAGUAUUUAUAUUGGGGCAAGAAGGGUUAAAUCAAAUCUUUAAUUUAAGUAAGCAUAGUUCCUUUAAAGAUCAGUAGUAUUUAUACUCUAAAAAGAGUACCAAGCUUAGUUCAGUUAUUUAUUUGUCCUUUUUUUUCCUGUUGUUUCUCCUUGGGGAGGAAAUGGUGUUUUGUUUUUGUUUGGGUUUUGUUUUGUUUUUUUGUCAUUCAGAUUCACUAAAUUUGGGGAUGGUUUUAUUAAAGUAUAUUAACUUCUUUUUAACCAAAGCUUUCUGAAUAUGACCAGCCUCAGGUACGAGCGCAUUAAAGAGCAACUAAACCUAAUUCCAGUGUCCAUUUGUGAAAUAAUAAGAGCAAAUUGAAUUUCUCAAGGGUGAGAGAGCACAUAAUGUUGAACUUAAAAGAAAUUCCUUUUCCCAGUAAGGGUUCUGCAUGUACCUAACAAAACAAAAACAGACAAGAAAACUCAUGCUCUAACCUCAGUAAUGAGGUGACAUGGCUUUUAUGGUAAACCAUGAUAGCAUAACACGAUGCUUCUUCCCAGGUGUUUCUGAAAGAAAAGCAGGGGUGGAGCUUAAGAGCCAAGUCCAGUGAUUGACAGAGUAGAAUGAAAUAGUAGACAGAGACAUGCUCCGUGAAACAAGGAAACAACUGACUACUAUUUGGAUCUAAGCUGGGAUCUGAUGUUAAACAAUACAUUCAGUCAGAAAAAAAUACGGAGCUCAGAAAAGGAUUUGAAAAACUGUGCAUUUUCCUUUCUUCAUUUUUAUAAAAACACCUAUGCGAUGACAUAAAAUACUUGGGUGAUAUCAGAACCAUUAUCCUUAAUAGUUCUUCUAAUUAAAGUUUCCUAAACUUCAAUGUCCAGUAGUCUUUUAAACACUGGAACCACAUCACUGUCAGCCUUGCUGCUACAAUGCCUUUAUAAUACAUUUUUCUUUACAUAAGGCAAAUAAGGCUUUUGUACCCAGCCCGAAUACCUUCUUUUCCAGUGGUGUCCAGAUGGUUAUUAUAUUGUGAAAAACCUUGGUCACAAUGCAAACAGAAGGACAGAUGACAGUGCUUUCUGGACAGUUUGCAAAUCGUGUUAAAGCUAUGGAUUUUUUUUUUAAGUGUUCAGCAUCUUACUUUGUGUUAAAGCUAUGGAUUUUUUUUUUAAGUGUUCAGCAUCUUACUUUGUAUUAAAGCUAUGGAUUUUUUUUUAAAGUCUUCAGCAUCGUAAUUCACCCUUUCUAACUUAAGAAAAACAUGACUUAAGACACUGCUUCUAAGUUUGGUUGUUCUUUAUAGUGUAGAUACCCAGUUAUCUAUGAGCGUAUGGGGGUGGGCUGAGGGUCAGGUGAGGAAGGAGCGUGCGUGCGUGCGUGUGCGUGCGUGUGUGUGUGUGUGAUUUGCAUGUGUAUGAUGUGUGUGUGUCGGACCGCUUCUAGGCUACUAAGUGUCAAUGGAAAAGAAAAUGUAUUCAAAAUACUUAAAUCAAAACUAGAAGAUGGGGAAAAAAAAAAAAAGAUUUAUUCUAUACAAAGCCUUGUCUGGACCACUUUAGAGAGACUUCUAUUUUUUUAACCCUUCUAUAAAUAUUUGAUGGCACUUGAAAUAUUCCUGCAAUAAAAUGUGAUUUGUGUAAAGAAAAAAAGAUUUUGUAAUGUGAAACAAAGAAAGAAAGUAAUGUAAUUUUCUAAAAAAAAAAAUACAAACAAACAAACUUUGUAUUAUUUUCUUGAUGGAAUUUGUCUAUCUGUCUUUGGAAAACUUUUUAUUUCAUUGAAUGUGCCAUAGUAGAAAUGUGUGUUUUUAGUUUUAGACUAAGGAAUAGCUAGCUGUUGUGUUCCGACAUUCCAAAAUGCAAAACAACCUAGUAGUAUCUUUCGUGGAAAGGUUUUAGUGUGUGAGCUUCUCUCGUUGUUGCUUUUUUGCACAUGUCCUUCAUUCCUCUCUAGUGCAAUAUGUACAUAGAGCACUUGCGGGUGUACCUUGAUCCCUCAGGGAAAAAUACAUAUUUGUACAGUUUUUUGGGGUUUUUUUUGUUUUGUGGGCUUAUUUUGGUUUUUUUGUUUUGUUUUGUUUUGCCUUUUAUUUUUGGCUAAGGAAUGUCGAUCGAAUCACUCGUUAUUGUUGAGGGGCAGCCAGAUAAUAACCCUAAAGCCACUGUUUCCAACAUUGAUUGUUUAAAUCAUACGUCCUUCCAGUGCGAUUAUUUUAAGAUAAUAAUAAAAAGUUAUUUUCUGACAGUUCUUUGUGCUGAUUGGUGAAAAACAAGGGUAAAUAAGCACCUUAUGAUUGACUUACUGUGAAUGACAAUCCAUCUUGAUAUCAACGAUAGAAGCCCUAUCAUUUUGGAGUUGGGGUUAAGAGUCAGAAACAAUGUGCUCAGGGAUCUCCUAAAACUCUUAAAACAGGGUGGCCAGUACUACUGGGACAAAUUGUGUUUUUUAUUAUUAAUAAUAAUGAUAAUACUAUCCCUCCACGGCACAAGUGAACUAGAUAGAACUGCGUGUGUGUAAACUCUUUACUCAUCUCAUUUUGUUGAGUUCAGAACUUGAUGUGCUCUUCAGUCUUGUGUUUCAAAACACUGAGUAACUUCCAAAGCAAAGUUACGCCAGUGUGUUUAAAAAAUAAAUUAAUAGGUAAGGUACCAGCAAAGAGCAUCAUUCAAAGUAUAGUCCUUGCAUAUUCUAAUUACUGUCUCUCUAAUUAAAAUACUCUUAAAAAUAGAUAUAUAGCAUCAUAUGUUAAAAACUCUUUCAAAUUCUACAUAUUAAGGAUAAAAAUUUUAAAAACCAGUAAUCAGUACAGCUAUUUAGGUAAAAGAUAAAACAUGUUUUAAAAAUACCAGCAAUUAACUAUUGUUAUCAUGUGUUCUCCUCUAGAAGCAAACCAAAAACUCCUUCAUGGAAAACAGUUCUUCUACAUUGUUAGUUUAGAGCUGUUGCAUUACAAGAGCUAAUGUUUAAAAACGAAACAAAACCUGCCUAUAUGACAGCAGCAACUCGAGCCAACAGUUACUGUUACAUGUUAUAUUUUUGAAAUACGGUUUUGCUACCAUAUUCCACGUAUUAUUUUUCAUAAAGUCAGAGAAGUUCAGUGAAACUGUUGGCUCUGAUUCUUUCACCUUGGGAUACACAUUCACAAGAAGAUUUAUAUAUUUUCUUUCUAUAACAGAGGAGCAUAAUGUGGGAAAACUUCCCAUGUCUAUGAGAUGAAAAGGAUACCUUUACCAUGUUGCUUUUGGUAAUAAAGAAUAUGAAACAUAGUAGAAGUCUCUCCUCUGUGUGUGUGUGUGUUGGUAUAUUUCUGUGUAUACCCUCACACGUUACUGACAUUUUUAUAUCACUUCUUAUAAAGUUAUGAUAUGGAACCCCAUGAAAAUCACUUUAUACUAUAGAUCAAAUAAUGUGCCCAGAAAUACAAUUGCAAUAGUAAAUCUUGACCUAUUGGUAAUAUUCUAUGACACAGGUCUUCAUUCCAUCUGUAAACAUAAUGUUAAUAAAGAGGUUCCACCAGAUUUUCUUAGAGAGACCUUCCUAUUACUAUUUAUUUUUAAGAGAUGAGAAGACUGACCAGCAACGUCUCCACUGUGCACCUGCUUUCACUUCUGGGUCUGUCUGUUUGUUUGUGAAGGUGAGAUCAGUGUUGUCAGGCUCCCAGAAUAAUUUUUAUAAGAAUCCAGAAGCCUGACUUCAUACCAAGGAGCCAUCCUAGAUGGGUGGGGAGAAUCUCCAUGUUCAACCAAACCCUCAGAACUUAGAGCAAUAAAUACAUUCAGUCAUUUAUUUAUAAAUGAAUGACAGAAUAUUCAGUCCAAAUAGAAACAGCCUUUUUCAGUGAUGCAACAUAACAUGGAGUCUUUUAUUGAGAAAGUGAGUAUGAACAUUUUAAAUAGAUGCCUAGAAAAUCUGUGUUUGCUGUUUACAUUUAGUGUGCUUUGCCACAUUAGCAGUACCACAUUGCUUUUUCUAUCAUGCUUCUAAGAACUAAUGAAAGAUAGCUUGCUAUUAGCUGACAUGCUGCACAUGCCAUUAUGUUGUUCUCCAAGAACAACUAAAUUCUCUCGUGUUCAUGUGUGAUUCCUUUUUCAACAUUAUUACUUUAAUGUGGAUAAAUACUGUUUCUAGGAACUUGAUUAUCAUUGAACAGACUGCAUAUGUAAAUGCAGAUAACUUUUGAGCAAUAUAGUGAAAAUGAUUUCACACACAAAAAAAUUUGUAUGUACUGUAUACAUCUUCCUGAAUCCAAAAUUCUCUUCUUAUCCACACAGUUUGAAAUCUCAUAUUAAACAGUGGUAAAUUUUUAAACAUUAGGACAUUAGCUGGCUGCUUCUGUAAAUGUACCUGUAUUGUCUGCCUGCUCCUUUUGUGGAGAUGUGUUUUUGUAUUGGAUGUUUGGGCCAAUGGGAGGCUUCAAGCUACAACAUAUUUUCCCAGUUUAAAUAAUAUUUAACAUAUGACAAACCCCAGACAAGGCUUUUAAUAUGUAUAAAGAACUGCAGUGUUAGGUGGUUUAUUUGCAAACCGUUUUCAAUGUUGUCCAUUUUUAUGGCACCUUUAACAAUAUUCUUGUUUCCAAAGUACAAAAAAAAAUAGGUUAAAUAAUCUAGCCAUAACUGAAUGUCAAGCAAUAAAACAAAUGACUUUUGUGCAUAGACUUAAAAAAUACAAAUUUUAGACAUCUGCAUGUAAAUGCAAUCUCUUGUUUACUGCUUUCUUCAACUUGAGCAAUCGAUUCCUUAUUUACUAUUAACUUAAGAACUUGUAAUGGCCUGUAAACAUUUUCUCUCUUACUCUUCUUUCAAAUUUACCUGUCCCUGCUUUUGAGUCAUAUUUAAUGUUGUUCUGCACAUCUCUAUACAGUUAACUUUUUGGCUUUCAUUCUGUAUAGAUAAGAAAACGUUAUAUUAUAAACAGCCUACUCAGUGCAAAUAUUUAUCUGUUUAUCAAAUCCACAAUAUGCUGUACAAUACCGGUUUUACUAUAUAAUCUAUUUUAGACAUAGCUGUUUAGAACUAGAGUGUGCUAUUUUUGUGUUUUUCUGAUGUGUGGUGCUAGACAAGUUACUUUUGUGAACAACAAAAAAAUCCCUUUUAUUCCUAGACAAUACCACCUUUGGGUCUUGUUAAUUUCACUGAGUAUAACUAUAUAUUUGUAUAUAUAUACAUAUAUAUAUAUAUAUAUCUACCUACGCCCAACUGGCAGCUGUAUCAGAGUGCUGGAUUUGGGACAUGCUUUUCUCUUUAAAUACAUAAUAUCGUUAUAUAAAUUAUUCUAGAGUGUAUUUAAUUAGGAUAAAAUUACUUCCUUAGUAUGGAUAUUUGACAUCUAUAGGGUGAAUUUGUUUAUAAAUAUGGCUAUAUGGAAACUUACUAGCAUUUACUUUAUGUUUGCAACUUGGCUUUAUAGCAUAUCUCCUAAGCUGAAAAAUAAUUUUGCCAGGCCUUCAAGAUCCUAAAGAAACUCGUAAUACACCUUUUUUUCUUAUUAAGGAAUUAUAUUAUUGGCACCUAACAGAGUUGUAUACUUAGCUCCUAUUAUAGAUAAUAGGCAUUUAUAUAAAAUAUCCUAGGUGGCUUGAUGGCAGAAUAAACCUUUCCCCUCCUACCUGAGUGAUGAGAAGGAUGGAGACAUCCUCUGCCAGAACAUGCGCCAUAAAGCAAAUUCGACAAGGGAUGUUCUGUUUCAAUAUGACCUCAACCAGUUCCAUGAACUGAGUGAAGGACCCUCAUUUUUAAAGUUAUUUAAUAAUGAGCUUACUUAAACCUUUUUACCCAUUCUCCCAAGAUCUAUUGGCAUUAUUGAAAAUCAAAGUAUAUCAAAUAUCUAACUAAGGAUGUAGUUAACCUUAUUAAAUAUUGAUUAGAAUUGUUCUGUAAUAUUACUGAAUUUGUAAGAUCUUUAGCAAAGAUUUUUGAGCAAUUUAUAAAUGUAGAUCAAAUGUUUCUGUUUACUGCACUUUUUGUAAUUGAAGGUGAUAAAUUCUCAAGCCAUGAUUAUUGGCUUCCAUGCACUGCAUAUUUACCCACAGUUCUAGACAUUUUCCAUUUUUGUGGAAGAGUUGCGUUACCUUAAUUAUAAAUGCAAUUGUGUGGUUAAUGAGAGCUAAUGCUAAUAGUUAACCUUUUACAAUGGAUUGGCCACAGUUUAGGGAGAAAUCCCUUUUAAUAUAAAUCACAUCAUUCCUUAACUGCCUCGCUUGGAAAGAGAUUGAAACCUUUUUUUUUUUUUUUUUUUUUGCACCAUUUAGCAUCCUAAGCUUCCUGAGGGUAGAGAUUGUAUAUAUCUCUUUGCGUCUGCACAAAGGCCAGCACAUGUCAGCAUUUGACCAUGGUUAAAUGAUCACAAGUGUGCCCCAUUGCAACUUUUCUCCCGGGUGGUUUUGUUACGUUUAUAAAGUAAGGCAAGCCUUAUGGUUAAUAUUUCCUUCUGCAACCAACGAUUGAAGCCACAUUUAAAAAGACCACAUGAAAUGCUGAUUCUAAUUGUGUGUAGGUCUUGAGGAUUAAGCACACAAAUUUCACAAACCUCUGUGAGUAACAAACUCAGCCUUCUGUAAAUAUACAUGCAAGUUUGGAAACAGUAAUACUGUACCUAUAAAUAAAUGCCGUCUGUUUUGUGUACAGUAUGUAAAAACUCCUUUAUCUGCCACACUAAAAAUGCAAGCCAUUUAUGGGAAUCCUAAAACUAGUAUUGAACUGAAACUUUGCUAAUGAUCUUUCAUAGAGGAUCAUCCAACUUUUCACUGACAUUGGGUUUUCUUUUCAAUUCACUCUUACAGUAGUCUGCUUAUUUCCAGCUGUUUAUUUUAUUGAGUCCUGAAUUAAAAAAAAUAUUUUGAUUCAUUUUGUAAAUACAAGCUGUACAAAAAAGAGAGAUUUAAUGUUGUCUUUUAAAUACUCCAAUUUUCAUUCUAAUAUGAAUGUUGUUAUAUUGUACUUAGAAACUGUACCUUUAAUAUUACAUUACCUUUAUUAAAAGUGCAUUGAACACAUCAAUUUUAGAUGUGCUUUAUGUACUGUUAUCCUAUAAUAAAACUUCAGCUUCUAAUGGAA